CCUUCCUCUGGACCAGCACGGAUCACGGAUGUCGUUCAGCAUCGUGGGUUCUCAUCACCUCUGGACCAGCACGGAUCACGGAUGUCGUUCAGCAUCGCGGGUUCUCAUCAGUCUGUUACUUAGCCUGUCGCUCAAGGCGCCCCAGCCGUGGCCACGGGGAGCCCUGUCAGCCAGCUCCCCUGACAAGACAGCUUCCCAUUAACCGAACAAUUAUUAGAUGAGGCCAGGAAGAGGGAGAAACAAGGAGGUCACUGGCCGGCAAAGACCGUUACACAGACGCACGUGAGUGCACACGUGUGCACACGCACGCAUGCACACACACACCCCCCGUGGACACAGAGACAGGAGCGGCCCAGGCAGCUCAGGCGGGGCCCUUGGCACAGGGCCCGUGCAGGGUGGGCGUCUGUCCCCCGGCCCAGCGCCUCCGACAGAAGCUGCUGCCUUCUGCACCCUGCUGGCUCCCACGAGCCUGCCCUGCCCUCAGGAGGGGUGGCCACCCUGGGUGCCAGAGGGGGCGGUGAGGGUCUGAGGGUCAGGGAGCCGGGCGAGGCCAGCACUUCCCCUCCAGACAUCAUUUCCUGUCUCUGACCAGCUGUUGGAGCCAGAGGGAGUGGAAACGGGCUUCCUGGGGCAGGUGUGGACGGCUCCCCACGUGGGCCAGGCUCCCUGUCCAGGCAGCGGGCCCAGGGCAAGGGGGCCUCAAUCAGAGGCCUGGACUUGAGGGGGUCUGAGCCAGGCUUAGUCCCCAGCAGCCCGGUCCCCAGGGAAGCCUCGUUUCCUGCCCGCAGAGGGGCUGAUGUGGGGAAACGUGGUCAGGUCACCUGGGCCAGGGGCCCGGCGCAGCGUCAGCACUCGGCAAGCCAGGUCAAGGAGCCAGCUCUGACCUCUGGGAAAAGGUCAGGACAUCUGCUUCCAAGUCAGAGGCAGACAGUUCCAGAAGCGAGGCCAGCACGGUGGCGACUGUCUCAUCUCUGCAGGAGGGCGGGUCCAGGCGGCCAGCCCCCAGCCCACGGCCCGACUCCCACCCCCAUCCAGGACUUCCACUCCCGCUGGCCCCUCAGGCCACAGCUCGGCUUCACCAGCUCGAAGCCCAGGCUGGGAUGUCGGGGCCCCCCUCCUGCCCCUGUGGACGCGGGGCAGGAUUCUCGGCGCCAAGGGGCAGCUGGGGGCAAGGGGUGGAUGAGGGGUCCUGGCUGCCCCUGCUCUAAACAGGGAGAGGAAGGAGGUGGCGGAGCUGCUGGCUAGCACAGGCCGCACUCUGCUGGCUUCUAGAAGGCCAAGGCGUCACCGCAGAUACAGUGACAGCUGUCUGGGGCACCUGUCCUCCCUAGCUGAGGCCCCCGAGUGCCCUGAGGACCCACAUGAUGAGACGUGGGAGAGGGGUGAUUUCAGCACGAGAGGGGAGCUGUGCCCAGGCAGCCCUGGAGGACCGCAGCGGGGGGACCCUGCUGCUCCAGCUGGCCCAGAAGGGACCCAGACCGGGGGCUCACCACGUGCCCCCCCCAGGCUGCGCUGGGUCCAGCCGCCCACGAGCACAGCCCCAGGGUCUCGUCAGGAGAUUUAAUCACAGACUCGUGUUCCGACAGAGCCUCAACGUGGGUGCAGAGAGGGGCCCGGCCCCCUCCCCCUGCACACUCCACUCUAAAUUACUCAUCUGUGCUGCUGAAGCAUCAAAAAUCAAGUGUCUUUUUGGAAAAUUUUGAUGUCACAGAACAUUUCGAAAGGUGUUUCGUAAGACAGUGUUUCGAUAGAGAAGUUCAUAUACGGCCUCUCCCCCAAAGUCCUGCAAAGACAGCAGCCCCAGGCAGGGCUCACUGGGGGUCCAGCCUUUGCACACUCCUAGGACGGGAAGCUCACCCCCACCCAGGCACCCUCUCUCACUCGCCCACUUCCUCCCAGGGUCCUCCAUGGCCCUGCCAGGAGCAAGGGCACACCCUUCAGGGAGGCCUCACUUACCUGCUCGUGUCCUGGGGGCUUGGGCCAGGGGAGGGGCGGCAGGAGGGCGGAAGCUGGCCUUGCCCCCACUCCCCUUCCUCCCUGCCCUUUUUCUGGGGCACCCAGAGGCGCAGUUCCUGGGUAUGCUGACAGGCAGAUGGGUGACCAACCUAACCCAGCUCCUCAGCGGGCAACUGCUGUCUGAGGUCCCCACCCAGCUGGAAACCAAAACCACAGUGGGAGGGAGGGGAGGGGGAGGGAGGAGAGGCUGGGGAAGGGAGUGGAGAGCAGAGGAGAGCAGCCGAACCUCCAUGGAGCCUUGCGGUCGAGUCAGGGUGGCCAAAUGCCAGAUGCUGGCCACCAGCCUCUUUGUUCUGCUCCUGGGCUCCGCCAUGGCCGCCACAGCCGCGCUCAGCUACUUUGGGCCCCACUUUGCCGUCAUCAGCCCCGUGUCCGCGGACAGGACCACCUAUGAGGCCUUGCACCACUGGGCCUUCUCCGCUGGAAUCGCCCUGGCUGCACUCCUGACCCUGGGGGCCGUGUUGAGCGCCGCAGCCACUGUGAGAGGGGCCGGGGGCCUCAUGGCUGCGGCCUUCCUGAGCUUCGCGCUGGUGUUCUGCGCCCUGGUGCAGGCGGCCUUCUGGAGGGCCCACAGCCCCACUCAGGUGGAGGACGCAGUGCUGGACGCCUACGACCGGGCCUACGAGCGGGCACUGAGGAGCGUGCCCGGAAGCGGGCGGCAGGAGCUGGUGGUCAUCCAGGACACGUUCCAGUGCUGUGGCAAGCGCUCACCCCUCGGGCUCCUGGAGGGCUCAGAAGCCGGCCUGUGUCAGGGGGAGGAGGCUGCCAGACAGGACUGCCUGCAGGGGAUCCAGAGCUUCCUGAGGGCGCAGGGGAACGUCGUCUCCACCCUGAUCGGCCUGGGCCUCGCCUUCACGGUGUACGCAAUGCUGCUUAGCUCCUUCAUCUGGUUCAGCAUCCGCUCGGGCAGAUACUCCGUGAGCCAACGGGCCCGCAGCCGCCCUCCCCAGGAGCCCAGAGUCUACAGACGCAUACAGGAGGGCUCCCCGUCUCAGCGCCCGUCCAAAGCGGACGCUUCCGGGGGCCGUCUGAGUCCAAGCAGACACUCGGGUCAGCUUCUGCUGCUCCGGGACACCCACCCGCCUACCCACAGAAGCGGAGAUGCUGCCGUCUCAACUCGCAUGUGACCCUCGUGGGAGGGGAGGAGCUGUUUCCCUCCACGUGGUGGGGGGGGGGGCAGAGGAGGCUUGACCAGACCAGCACCUCCACUGAAGCAGACGGGGGUUGGGGGAGCAGGGGUCAGCCGCAGACUCUGGGGAGAGGCUGGGGGCUGAGGGUGCGGGCAGAGGGAGUAGAGGGCGGGCUUGGCAGGGCUCCCUGGCCCCCCACCCCCAGGCUCUGGGGAGAUGGGAGGACCCGCUGCAGGCUCGGGCAGACUGGGGACAGUUCAGUUCUGCACAGCGUCAGGACUGAGGCCGCCCCCGCGCCGGCUGCUCAGCGAGACCACUUCCCCUCCUCAUACGGCCCCCCAUGCUCACGUCCCAGGCAGGAGGGCUCCAGCUCCCCUCGGACCCUCCAAGCAGGACUAUCUGCAGGCCCAGGUGCAUAAGUGAGGCCACCCGGGUGACUUCCCUGUUGUCAGGAGAAAUCACUCAUGCAGUGACGCCAUGCGCACGGUCCC